AUGCAUGACCCGCAGGCGUUUGUUGAUCCGAACCUGACCGAGCCGGACCUGCUCGUGCUCCAAAAUCUGUACCGCGACAUCGACUCGGCCUCUUCUUCACCCUCGACUUCAACCUCGACCUCGCAGAAUGGCGACAAGAACGAACAUGACGGCGACAAUGGCAAAAGCAAAGAUGAAGACAGCGCUGCAAUCGACCAGCUGCAAGCGCUCAACACCCCCUCGCACCCCUCCUUCGAGCCCACCGUCCUGGUGAGCUGCGACCUGGCCUAUCUGCGCGCCAAACUACCUCCCCUCGUCUACGACAACCUCCUACAGCCCUACAUCGCCGUGGGCCGCAAGAUCGUGCGUGUCGAGACCGAUGUCGUGAUGCUCACCCACCUGAUCCUGUACUUUUCGACCUCGGUGCCCUCCGCCCUCUUGCUCUACCGCCACUUUACUUAUACUCACGCCGUGCUGCACUGGCUGAUGCAAAGCUACUAUGUCGGAACGUACACGCUGAUGAUGCACCAGCACAUCCACAUGGGCGGGAUUUUGUCGAAGAGCAACAUAUUCCUGCGCGCCUUCGACACCGUGUUCCCCUACAUCACCAACCCGCUGAUGGGCCACACGUGGAACUCGUACUACUACCAUCAUAUCAAACACCACCACGUCGAGGGCAAUGGACCCGACGACCUCUCGUCGACCAUCCGCUACCAGCGCGACUCUCUCCCAGACUUUCUGCACUAUGUGCUGCGCUUCAUGUUCCUCGUCUGGAUCGAGCUGCCCAUGUACUUUUUCCGCAAGGGCAAGUAUGCCCUGGGUCUGAAGGCGUUUUUCUGGGAUACCAGCUGCUACCUAUCCAUCGCCGUGCUUUAUCUCUGCGUCAAUGCGCGUGCCACAGUCUUUGCUUUUAUUCUGCCGCUUGCACUGAUGCGUGUUGGCUUGAUGGUGGGCAACUGGGGCCAGCACGCACUGGUCGACGACGAGGACCCGACGUCCGACUUGCGCAGCAGCAUCACCCUAAUUGACGUUGCAUCCAACCGCUUCUGCUACAACGACGGCUACCACACCUCUCACCACCUCAACCCACGCCGCCACUGGCGCGAUCACCCUCUAGCUUUACUCCGCGCAAAACCCAAAUACCAAACAGAGCGCGCGCUCAUCUUCAAAAACAUCGACUACAUCAUGAUAACCGUGAAGCUGCUGCAAAAGGAUUACUUGUAUCUGGCCAAGUGUCUGGUCCCCAUUGGCGACGCGCAGAUCCGCAUGACGCUGGAGGAGCGCGCGGCUAUGUUGAGGACCAAGACGACGCGGUUUUCAGAGGAGGCGAUUAGGGAAAAGUAUGGGUUGUAG